CCCACAUGCAAUACGCUAGGUAGCCCCACCAUGUCCGAAUCCAUCAUACCUACCUCCAACUCCAAUUGCUGCACCCACGAUAGCGCAUAUGUAGCUCGAGGGCAUACCAGUAAUUAUAGAUACCGACGCAGCACGUAACCAACCUUCUACAGUUGUUUCAUCGUCUCUAAAACAACUCAAACCCAUCCCUUCGUUCUUGACACCUACUCCCCGCCGACCUCUGCCCGCACCCAAAAAUGACAACCACCACGGACCCGGACAAGCCCCCCUUCGACUUCCCGCGCGAAUACCACUACCCGCCCUUCUUCAGCCGACAGCCAAACGCCACGACGCUGCACUCGCAGCUCGAGAAGUGGUCCACCCUGAUCCUGUCCUACUGCGCCCACCACCGGAUCUUCAAGCUGUCGCUGUCGUCUCCGCAGACGGAGGACCUGUUCCACAACAAGGCGCUGUCGAAGCGGCUGUCGCUGGCGGACGCGCGGGAGGUGCUCGAGUUCAUGCGGCGGGAGGGCCGGGCCGAGUGGGUCAACGGCGGCGGCAAGACCGGCGGCGCCGGCGACGGCGACGUCGUCUUCGUGUACUGGCGGACGCCCGAGGAGUGGGCACGGGAGCUCGAGGGCUGGGCCGACGCCAACGGGCAGAAGAACGCCGUGCUGACCCUGUGGGAGCUCACCGAGGGCGAGGCCACGCUGGGGACGGACAUCAGGGGCCUGGACCAGGAGGUGCUGCAGAAGGCCCUGCAGAUUCUGGUCAAGAGGGGCAAGGCGCAGGUCUUUGGGCAGGGAGAGGGUGUCAAGUUCUUCUGA